AUGAGGCGGGGACGGGACCCCCUGACCCUGAGAGGGGUGUCCUGGGGUGACUUCAUGAUGCUCCCAGAGGAUCCAGCUGGAGAUUGGCCUUAUGAGUGUGGGGAAUGUGGGAAGGGCUUCAGCUCCAGCUCUGCCCUUGUCAUACAUCAACGCAUCCACACUGGGAAGGGGCCCUACGAGUGUCCCCAGUGUCAGAAGAGGUUUUAGAGCAGUUCCAGUCUUCUCCGGCACAAGCGGAUUCACACGGAUGAGAGGCCCUUGCGCUGCCCUGAGUGCGGGAAGGGCUUCAAGCACAACUCCAACCUCAUCAGGCACCGGCACAUCCACACUGGGGAGAGGGAGAGGCCCUACGAGUGUCCCCAGUGUGGGAAAAGCUUCACCCAGAUCUCUGUCUUAACCAGACACCAACGGAGCAUCCACACUGGAAAGAGGCCCUACGAGUGUCUCCAGUGUGGGAAGAGGUUUCACACAAGCUCCAAUCUCCUCCAGCACCAGCGGAUUCACACAGACGAGAGGCCCUUCCAAUGCCCCGACUGCGGGAAGGGAUUCAGAGACAACUCCACCCUCGUCACCCACUGGCACAUCCACACUGGGCAGAGGCCCUACGAGUGUCCCCAGUGUGGGAAGAGCUUCAGCCACAGCUCUCACUUGACCAAACACCAACAGAGGCACUGUGGAGAGAAGCCCCAGAAGUGCUUGAAAUGUGGGAAGAGCUUCAGCCAGAAAUCCAGCCUGAUCUGCCACAUGAAAAUCCACACGGGGGAGAGGCCCUAUAUAUGUGAGGAGUGUGGGAAGAGCUUCAGCCGGAGAUCCAACUUGACUGUCCACUUGAGGAGCCACACCGAGGAGAGGUCUUACAAGUGUGAGGAGUGUGGGAAGAGCUUCAGCUGGAUCUCCUGCCUGAUUGUCCACCUGAGGAGGCACACCGAGGAGAGGUCUUACAAGUGUGAGGAGUGUGGGAAGAGUUUCAGCCGGAUCUCCCACCUGACUGUCCACAUGAGGAGGCACACCGGGGAGAAACCCUACGAGUGUGAUAAAUGCAGAAAGGGGUUUCAGACCAGCUCUGAUCUCCUCAGGCACCAGCGCACUCACACAGAGGAGAGGCCUUUCCUCUGCCCCGACUGCGGGAAAGGCUUCAAGUACAACUCCUCCCUUGUCAGCCACCAGCACAUGCACACCCGGGAGAGGCCCUAUGAGUGUCCCGAGUGUGGGAAGAGAUUCACCCACAAGUCAAACCUGAUUGUCCACAAGAGGAUCCACACUGGCGAGAGGUCUUACGAGUGUGGGGAGUGUGGGAAGAGCUUCUGCCAGCGCUCCCACCUGAUCUACCACCUGAGGGGCCACACUGAGGAGAAGCCCUAUGAGUGUGAUAAAUGCAGGAAGAGGUUUCAGACCAGCUCUCAUCUUGUCAGGCACCAGAGGAUUCACACGGAGGAGCGGCCCUUUUGCUGCCCUGACUGCGGGAAGGGCUUCAGGGACAACUCCACCCUCGUGACCCACUGGCGCAUCCACAGUGGGGAGAGGCCCUAUGAGUGUCCUGAGUGUGGGAAGAGCUUCUCUCAGAGCUCUACCUUGAGCAGACACCAGCGUGUCCACAGCGGGGAGAGGCCCUACGAGUGUCCUGAGUUUGGAAAGAGCUUGACCCAGAACUCCACCCUGACUGCCCACCUGAGGAUCCACACGGAGGAACAAAGCUAUGAGUAUGCAGAGGGUGGGCAGAGCUUCAGGACAACAUCUGAACUGACCAUCCACCAGAGAAACCACGCUGGGGAAUGGCCUUUUGAGUGUGGGGAAUGUGGGAAUAGCUACCAGAGGAGAAGCCACCUGACCCACCACAUGGAAGUCCACACAGGUCUGAAAGAGCGCUACAAAUGUGGGCAGUGUGGGAAGAGCUUCAUGUCAAAGUCCCACCUGAUUGGCCACCAGAGGAUCCACACUGGAGAGAGGCCCUAUGAGUGUAUUAAAUGCAAGAAGAGGUUUCAGACCAGCUCCUUUCUCCUCCUGCACCAGCAGCUUCAUACAGAUGAGAGGCCCUUCAACUGCCCUGACUGCGGGAAGGGCUUCAAGCAGAACGCUGCUCUCAUCAGCCUGGUGCAUCCCACCGGGGAGAGGCCCUACGAGUGUUCUGAGUGUAGGAAGAGCUUCUCUCAGAGCUCUAUCUUGACCAGACACCAACAGAGCCACCCCUAA